UCCAGGGGCGGGGCCUGGCCGGACUUCCGGCCCCGGAGUGCGGACGCCUGCGGGCUUUGUCGCCGGCCUGCGGGCGGGCGCCGGGCUCGCCGCGGGGCGCGGUCUCCUCGCCGCGGGGCGCCGGUUCUGAUGCAGGAACUGGUGAGAAGGUGACCCUGGAGUCUGAAUUUCUGGGAAUGGAAAUCCGCCAAGGGCCAUGUCAGAAACACUCACAGUGACGGAGACUCCUGCCCCCGAGUCUGGGGAGGUCUCUGCUCCAGGAUCAGGAGGGCUGCUGGGGAACCUGGACGGGCAGAGCCCCCCAUCUCGGGAGGGAGGUGUCGAGCAGGUGACGGUUACUCAUUGGAAGAUCCAAACAGGAGAGGCAGUCCAGGGGGGAGGUGGGUGCAGAGGCAGCCCCAUCCUGCGCUCAGACCUCCUCAUCCUCCAGACGGAACUCAUGGAAGGGGAAGCCCACCCAUGCGGGACGUGUGGCCAAAGCUUCCCGUUUAUCUCGGACCUCGUUAGACACCAGGUUUCCCAUGCUGGGGAGAAGCCUUACAGGUGUGACCGGUGUGGGAAAGCCUUCAGCCAGAGCUCCCACCUCGUUGAGCACCAGAGAGUUCACACCGGAGAAGGACUCUACGUGUGCAAUGCUUGUGGGAAAGACUUUGCUCACUGCGCAGAGCUCAUGGAGCACCAGCGAGCGCACACAGGAGAAAAGCCAUUCAAGUGCACUCAGUGCGGGAAAGCCUUCUGUCACAGCUCAGACCUGAUUCGACACCAGCGCGUCCAUACCCGGGAGAGGCCUUUUGAAUGCAAGGAAUGUGGGAAAGGCUUUAGUCAGAGCUCGUUACUCAUCCGGCACCAGAGGAUCCACACGGGAGAAAGGCCCUACGAGUGCAACGAGUGCGGGAAGUCCUUCAUUAGGAGCUCCAGCCUCAUUCGACACUACCAGAUCCACACCGAAGUGAAGCAGUAUGAGUGUAAGGAGUGUGGGAAGGCCUUCCGUCACCGCUCGGACCUCAUCGAACAUCAGAGGAUUCACACUGGAGAGAGGCCCUUUGAAUGCAACGAGUGUGGCAAAGCCUUCAUCAGGAGCUCGAAGCUCAUCCAGCACCAGCGGAUCCACACCGGGGAGAGGCCCUACGUCUGCAACGAGUGUGGGAAGCGCUUCAGCCAGACAUCCAACUUCACGCAGCAUCAGAGAAUUCACACUGGAGAGAAGCUCUACGAGUGCAAUGAGUGUGGGAAAGCUUUCUUCCUGAGUUCAUACCUCAUCCGACACCAGAAAAUUCACACUGGGGAGAGGGUCUACGAAUGCAAGGAGUGUGGCAAAGCCUUCCUGCAGAAAGCUCAUCUCACGGAACAUCAGAAGAUCCACACGGGGGACAGGCCCUUUGAGUGUAAGGACUGCGGCAAAGCCUUCAUCCAGAGCUCCAAGCUGCUGCUGCACCAGAUCAUUCACACCGGAGAGAAGCCCUACGUGUGCAGUUACUGUGGGAAAGGGUUCAUUCAGAGGUCCAACUUCCUUCAGCACCAGAAGAUCCACACUGAAGAGAAACUGUACGACUGUAGUCAGUAUGGGAAAGAUUUCCACAAUCGCCCAAACUUUAAAAAUCAUCAAGGUGUUACUCAGGAGGGGCUUCCCCUGAGUAAGGCCCCCGCACAUUUGGGUGAGAAACCUGUAAGUCAGGGCGAUCCUACAGACCUGUAAUUCUGCUCCACGUCCGUGAUGUUGGCCGUGGGUGGCAUGAGUGUUGGGGCUCAGGUGCCUCUGGACACAUCAGCGUUUCCCAGAGUCAGCAGGGCCACGCCUGCUGUGCAGCCGUGCCGACUGGCCGGCCAGGAACCUGUGUCCCCGGGGGAGCUGCCUGGAGACAGCUGGCUGAGCCGGCACAGGGGUUUGGGGCCAGAGCUUGGUCUCUAGAUGUCCCUGCACAAUCGCAGUUCCCCCGGUUAAGGCCCCUUGGAGGAGAACUAUGCUCACUAAACAGAGCGAUGGAGCGAUUUAGAUCUGUCAGAAGAGGCACGGAGAACUGCCGGGCUUCCCUGUGGUCCUUGGGCCCUUCCCAGCUCCCUCCCUGCAUCCUAAGGUCUUCUGCUUCCUGGAGCCUCAUCUCCCACCACCUCACUCGGCGCCGAGGCAGCACUGACGACACUCCGCGUGUCCGAGCUCUCCCUGCGCUCUCCCUCUCCUGCCCCGGCUCCUCAAGACACAGAGGCCAGCAGCAUCACGUCCGGCUGGGCCCCUUCCCCGCGGGGCGGCUGCCGUCCCUCCGCGCGUUACUGCGUUUACUCCGAUACGUGAGAAUCGUGUUUGUGUGUCUCGUUGCACUGCCGAUUCUUUGUGGACAGGUCACAUCCGACUGGUUUCUAUGUCCCUGGUGUCCAGCCAGGACA